UAAAAUGUACCAAUAAAAACCUUUAUUAUUCUUAAUCUCAUAUUUAUCACGAUUUCUCAGUUCACUGUGCUCUGUUAUAAUUGAGGUUGAGUGUAAUUGUUUGAUGUUAUUUUUACUACUUUUACUAAUGGCUAAAGUAAAAUCAGAAUUCCAACAAACGUAGUUACUACGUUCAUUGAUUUAAUCAUCUGUCAAAAUUAACAGCUGAUAGUCGUCUAAGAAUUUGUGACAACUAUAAUUAAAUAACAUUUUGUUUACCUAAAAAAAGGAGGCGUGACUCAUUUGAAGAGAUUAACAAUUUUAUUAUAGUAAUGAAUUAAUUGUGAUAAAAGCUCUCUAACAUGAUUAAAGUAAAUAUAUUGCAUGUGCUUCUAAUAUUUAUAUUGGCCAGGACAAUCAGCUGUCAAAAUAUUAGUAUUACAUUGCCUCUAAAUAAAACAAUAUCAUGGGGUAACAGAGAGAUCUAUGGUGGUUUCGCUAAUCUCAAUGCGUCAUCAACACUACAAGUUGACUUUACAAAUGUCAAUAAAAAUAUAUCCUACAUAAUAUUUCAAGUGCACAGUCAUUUACAUAAUGUUACAUUAUAUAAUAAUACUUAUAUAAAAGGUUCAUACGUAUCCGGAACUAAUGUUGGACUGUAUAGCAGUGUUAAACCGAAGCUAGAUACAUUUUAUGUAUACAAUCCGAAUGUGAAUAUAAAUUUGAAAUUGUAUUUGUCUGUGCAUGGAUAUGAAAAAUCAGACCCGAUACCAGGUGGUUGUAAUAUGGAAUUUCCCAUACCGAUAUCACCGUUCAUACAAACCUCGUAUAACAAAGAUUACAUCUUAGUUGAUGCUGCAGCAGCUAGAGAUUCGUCAGAUAUGAUUUGUAAUACUCUUGAUAAGGUGGUAGUGUUUUUCUACAAAAUGUAUUUGCCUGAAAGAAACUAUGAUGCUGAUACAUACUUUGAUGGUAUAAAAAAUAUGAUUACAAUGGAUGCCAUUGAUAAUUUUGGUGAAUUUAUCCCUGAAAAUGGCGAUCGCAUGCGUCGCAUGCUAAGCGCCUAUCCCGGUACUGGCGCCGUGUAUGUAGCCGUUGCUAUUAGCACGCUGAACGCAAGCUCGUAUUCGGUAUACGUACCGACAUAUUCUUAUGCGUGUUCACCUUUGGUGGAUGGCGGUUGUGAAUUAUUAGAUGACUUCCUGUCACAGAUACUCUGUGCUUCGCUAUUGUUCGUCGGACUGUUCAUAUGUUUCUUCGGACACAGGUUUUUCAAGACUGAAAUGUUUUUAGUUGGUUUAAUAAGCGGCGUUAUUAUAACAUAUAUUUUCAUAUCCCUCACCGCAGACCUGGAUAGACCUGCUUUGCUAGGUGCGUCUGUGUUGUCUGGCAUAUGUUUUGGUGCGAUUUGGCUAUUAUUCUGGUGGUUCUAUGGCAUACCACUGAUAGCUGUUCUCUUGUCGACGCUCAACGUCGGCUUCUUGUUCUCUGCCAUAAUCUAUUAUGGAUUACCAGGUGGUCUCCUUGCUCUACAAGUAGAUCUUAACUUUUGGACCCUGUUCGUUCUUGUCAUGUUGAUGACGUCACUGAUGCUAGUGUCUAUGACUUUCCUCUCGAACAUUCUAUGCUGUUCGAUACUCGGCGCGUACGCGACUAUAUUCCCUUUCGACUAUUACUUAGGGUCGAAUUUGAAAUACAUUAUCAUAAACACAGUACGAAGGGCAGUCGUACCGCAAUUCAAUAAGGCUAUACUUUCACCGCCCUUUGAAUGGAGGGAUGCAAUAAUUUCUUUGUUAUGGGUGGCCCUGGCGACUUCCGGUUUCCUUUUCCAACACUUCCAAAACCGAGGCAGGCCACCUUUUCCUCCACCGCCAAGGAAUAUUAGACCCGUGCCAUCACAUUUGUACUACGGUACCACUGAUUCAAGCAGACGUAGAUACGAAACGGCGACCACAGUAAUACCAACAGCAAUUCAUACCGAGAGAACGUCAUUAUUAGGAUAAGUUAUC